AUGAUGGAAUCACGCACUGAGUCUGGAGGGGUCAUCCCGAUGGACUACGAAUGGCACGGUGGAAGCGCAGGCCCAGUCGAUUUUACCUCUCCCUUCUCGCAAGUCAGGAAACAGCAGCAAGACAACAAGAAGCGAUCCCAUCAAAUCUUCGAUUCUCCCGAAAAGCCAACCAUACCAGCUCUCCGCCCUCCAAACUCGCAGUCCUCCUUCCUUUUCUCCCCGCAACGGCAACAGCAACAAUCAGCGCUCCCGUCGCAAUCGUCCGUAUUCGGACAACCAGCGUUCACGACGCCGCGGAAACUGGAAGUCGAUUUCUCAUCGGGCGCCGAGAAUCUGUCUUCGCCGGAGGUAGCUGAUAACGAGGAAACCCCGGAGCAACAGUCGAAGGGCACGCGACGCAAUUCCCUGUUCAAUAUCUACGGCCGCUUUGCUCCUAGCCCCGGCAGGGGGGAGAUCCCGCGGACGAAUCACUUUUCGAAUGCCGUGGCGCGACGGAUACACAAGAGGCGACGACGGGAUAAGGCGCUUGGGAAGAGGAUGCGGGUGGAUGAUGAGUACGAUGAUGAUGAGAGCGACAGGCCCAGCAGCCGCGAAGGACCGCCAACAAGGACGGGGAAACAAGAAAAGACACCGGACUUACAGAAAGCACCAUCGAAUAUGUCAUUCUUCAAGCAGUUGUUGACUCUGCUGGAAGAACAUCCCAACGUCCCUGCCAUCUUGUCGUGGUGGGCGCAGCUUGUCGUGAACUUAUCCCUGUUCUCGCUUGCUGUGUGGAUGGUUUUCUCGUUCGUGUCUGAGAUUCGCAAUGAGUUCGAUGCCGUCGCGAGUAAGGAGAUGGACUCUAUUCUGCACAAUAUCGCCGAGUGUAUGCAGCGAUACGAAGACAACAAAUGCGCGGCUGGGAACCUCGUACCAGGUCUCGUGCCUAUAUGCGCCGCCGACAGAAAGUGCAUGGACACGGAUCCGACACACGUCAGACGGGCGAUGCUAUCAGCCAGGACGAUGGCUCAAAUAAUUGACAGCUUCAUUGAGCCCAUUUCCUGGAAAGCUAUUAUAAUCUUCCUAGCCACUAUUGGCACUGUGGCCUGGGCCAGUAACUGGUCCUUCCGCUCCUUCAGAAACAACCGCCUCAACCAGGGCUACCCACAGCAUGACUAUCCACCCCCACCAUCAUAUAAUCCAAACCUGCACGGCCAACCCCUCCACCUGCAACAGAACCCGGCCUACGGCUUCUACGGCCAGCAAGACCCCCGGGCAUCCCCGACGAAAAACUACACCGAGAGAGAAGAUGCACCGCUUAUGAUCGAAAACACCCGAUCAAUGGACUUUGUUACUGAGCGCUCCCGUGAACGAGAGACUCAUCUCCGUACGCCGAGUCCUUCGAAGCGUAUGCAUCGACAAUUUGCAUAA